AUUUGGCAAUAAUAUUCAUCGUAUUUUACAACCAGGAGCCACGGCCUAUCGGCUCAUUUUAAAGUGCAUUCUGAAAAUCAGUUUUACAACCUCUGCUGGCUAAACUCAAACGCCUGACGUGUACGGUAACGUAAACAAACCUAACAAACCCAGAGGUUUCGCAGCAAUCGUAAACUCGUCCAAAAGACAAUUAAUCCAUAUUAAGUAAUUAUUCUGAAGUGCGGAUUUAUAAUAUACAAUAGUGAAGUAACAAAUUUACCAUUAUUACGGUUUAAGUCCUCUUUGCUCAAUUUUUUAAGUCAACUCUUCCUGCUGCAUGUGUUCUAUCGUAUCAACAAUUUCAGAGCCAGAAGUAAAGUUGAUUCACUAAAACAAGCGUGAUUCUACCUAUACAAACAUUCAGAAUGAAUUUUUAAGGAUUUCUUAAGACAAUUGUAUGCUUUAAUGAACGAUCUUGACCUUCCUGAACCCUCAAAGUAUGUACUCAGCGCUCACCAUUCUAUGGUGGAUUAUAACUUCUUCAUGAACGCCACUUCUGCCUUAACUGUGACAUCAAAUGGAACUGGAAGAAAAGAUAGCUGAAUAUCGAGCCAGGAAAAGAAGAGGUUUACUAGUGAAGAAAGUCCAAAAUUCUGUGAAAGAUGUGUUUUCGUGGCUUCAUGACAAAGUGGAAACUACCAUGAAUGAUCAAGAUGAUAUCAAAGUUGAUGAAAAUGAAACGGAUGAUACUCCUGCUAAUUGCAACUCAUCCGGGGUUGCUGUAAUGGAAGAUUUUGGGUCUACCUCGACGGAUGGUGCUGACGAAUAUUUCAUCAACUGGCGAAAAUUCUCCCUUUACGUUCUUUUGUGGUGCUCCCUUUUCGGCCUAGCAGUUUUUGCUGAAUUUGGAGCUGUCUUUGUCAUUCUUUCUGGUUUCGUCAUCAUUUGGGCAAAUACUAGGACCAGUCCCAAAAAACCUGGAGAAAUCAGUGCUUACUCUGUAUUCAAUCCCAAUUGUGAAGCAAUCCAAGGCAGUCUAGACGCUAAACAGUUGGAGAGAGAAAUGUUAUAUGGAGGAAUGUAAGAUAGGUUUGAACUGUGUUAUUGUUGAACACAAAACUUAAUUAUGAGAAUUGGCAUCUGAAACCUCCAAACGAUAUUAAAAAGAUUUAGUAAAAA